GCCGCCGCCGCGCCCAUGGCGUCCCGAAAGGCCCCGCCCGGCGCGGGCAGCGCGGCGGCGGCUGCUGGACGGGAGCGGGAGCGGGAGCGGGAGCGGGAACGGGCGCACCUGGAGCUCGCUGAGCUGGGGCCGCUCCUUGAGGAGAAGGGGGAACGAGGAGCCGCCGGAGCCGCCAGUGCCGAGGAGCCGCCGGGCACGGCGGCACGGGAGGAGGAGGAGGAGGAGGUGGUCCGGGUGCUGACCCUGCCCCUCCAGGCUCACCACGCGAUGGAAAAGAUGGAAGAGUUCGUGUACAAGGUGUGGGAGGGGCGCUGGCGGGUGAUCCCCUAUGACGUGCUGCCCGACUGGCUCAAGGACAACGAUUACCUCCUGCACGGCCACCGGCCCCCCAUGCCCUCCUUUCGCGCCUGCUUCCGCAGCAUCUUCCGCAUCCACACCGAGACGGGCAACAUCUGGACACACCUGCUGGGGUUCCUGCUGUUCCUGUGCCUGGGAAUCCUGACCAUGCUGCGGCCCAACAUGUACUUCAUGGCGCCGCUGCAGGAGAAGGUCGUGUUUGGGAUGUUCUUCCUGGGGGCCGUGCUUUGCCUCAGCUUCUCCUGGCUCUUCCACACCGUCUACUGCCACUCCGAGAAGGUCUCCCGCACCUUCUCCAAGUUGGAUUACUCGGGAAUCGCGCUGCUGAUCAUGGGCAGCUUCGUGCCCUGGCUCUACUACUCCUUCUACUGCUCCCCCCAGCCGAGGCUCAUCUACCUCUCCAUCGUCUGUGUCCUGGGAAUCUCCGCCAUCAUUGUGGCCCAGUGGGACCGAUUCGCCACUCCCAAGCACCGGCAGACACGGGCAGGGGUGUUCCUGGGGCUGGGGCUGAGCGGGGUGGUGCCCACCCUGCACUUCACCAUCGCCGAGGGCUUCGUGAAGGCCACCACGGUGGGGCAGAUGGGCUGGUUCUUCCUCAUGGCUGUCAUGUACAUCACGGGCGCCGCCCUCUACGCCGCCCGCGUGCCCGAGCGCUUCUUCCCGGGCAAGUUCGACAUCUGGUUCCAGUCCCAUCAGAUCUUCCACGUGCUGGUGGUGGCCGCAGCCUUUGUCCACUUCUACGGGGUGUCCAACCUGCAGGAAUUCCGCUACGGGCUGGAAGGGGGGUGCACGGACGACUCCCUGCUCUGAGGGCACCGCCUGCUUUUAGUCCAAGCUUUCCUCAAGUGCUUUUUAAACUCUUUUUGUCUUUGCUCAGAUCCAAGGAAGACUCAAAAACUGGGUUUGGGGGUUGCUGGUGGGGUUUUUUUGUUGUUCUUUGGGUUUGUUUUUUUUUAAAGAAACGGAGAAAUCCUUUAGGAAAGUCGUCGACCAAAUCUUCACCCCCUCCCCCCAGUGGGGUCUGGGGGAGGUUGGGGGCUCCCCCAGGCCGGGUUUAGCUGCACUGGGGCUCCCCCAGCACAGGGAGCAGCUGCUGUUCCUGCCCAGCCAAGCACAUCCCGCCUCUCACCGACCCCACAUAUCCCCCCGGGAAUUCUGCGGCUCCCAGGGCAGCUCCCGGGGCACAGAGCGUGUAAUUUAAAAUAUUUUAAUUGUCCUUUUUUUCGGUUUGGUUUUUCCUUGACCAUGUAAAGAGAAAGGAGGGUAUUUAAUAUUUAAACUGAGCUUUAAAGGCAGCCCCUCGGCCAGGAGGGGCAGGGGGGGCUGGUCUGGGAAUCAGAGCUGCUGUAGAGACAAUAAAAGGUCACUGUUUCAGUGUCACCCG